ACGCUAGAUGACGUCAUCAGCCUUGACCAGGAAGUUGUGAAAAUCUGAGGCGGUGUGUAUCGGUCGGAGGUGUAAAGGAAACUAAAAUAAACAAAACGUCGAAAAUGAUGACCCCAGAGCUCCGAGUGUAGGUGGACGGCGACCUGACGGUGCGAGUGAGAGGUCGCUCCCGGCCUCCGUCCUCUAUGACUGCAACCGCAGCCUACGCCAGAGUGGAGCAGAAUGAGCCCAUGAACGGCUUGCGCAUCUCUGUGGGGGGUCUGCCCAUGCUGGCCACCAUGGCCAACAGCAACGACCCUCGCUUCCGCCUCAAAUGGCGGCCCAUCGUGGCGGCGGCCGUCUCGCUGGUCGCCGUGCUGCUGCUCUUCAUGCACUUGAACGCUGGCCUGCAACCCCGCGUCUACGCCGACGGCCGCAGGGCAGAGCUCCUGGACCCGCCACGGGGGGCCAGUGGCUACAACGACACCUACCCGCUGAGCCCGGCCGAGCGCACGCCGCAUGGCACGCGCUACCGCAUCGCCGUCAUCGCCGACCUGGACACGAACUCUCGUGAUGAGAAUGCACUGACGUGGUUCAGCUACAUGCGGCGUGGGCACCUGCUGGUGUCGCAGAGCGGCGACAGCGUGUCGGUGGAGUGGGAUGCAGAAAAAACGCGGCUGCAGAGCCACCUGGCCGAGAAGGGGCGGGGCAUGGAGUUGUCGGAGCUGGUGGCGUUCAACGGGAAGCUGUACAGCGUUGAUGACAGGACGGGCGUGGUCUACCACAUCGACGGGGCCAAGGCCGUGCCCUGGGUUAUCUUGACGGAUGGCGAUGGCAGCGUGGCCAAAGGUUUCAAAGCCGAGUGGCUGGCGGUGAAGGACGAGCACCUGUACGUGGGAGGCCUGGGCAAGGAAUGGACCACCACUUCGGGCGAGUUCGUCAACGACAAUCCAGAGUGGGUCAAGGUAGUCGGCUUCCGCGGGGACGUCGAGCACAAAAACUGGGUCCCCGUGUACAAGUCACUCAAGGCGGCCGCAGGAAUCCCACCUCCAGGUUACCUCAUUCACGAGUCGGCAGCGUGGAGCGACACGCUACAGCGCUGGUUCUUCCUCCCGCGCCGCGCAAGCACCGAGCGCUACGAGGAGACUGCGGACGAGCGGCGUGGCACCAACCUGGUGCUGAGCUGCUCGCCGGACUUCACCGACGUGACGGUGAGCCGGGUGGGCCCGCUGGACAUCACGCACGGCUUCUCCUCGUUCAAGUUUGUGCCCAACACGGACGACCAGAUCAUCCUGGCGCUCAAGUCGGAGGAAGACGCAGGCAAGAUCGCCACGUAUAUCGUGGCAUUCACGCUGGACGGACGCAUUCUCCUCCCUGAGACUAAGAUCGGGGACGUCAAAUACGAAGGCCUGGAGUUCAUCUAAAACUGUUCCGCGUUUGUUCGAGAUUCAGUUGUCAGUACAAAAAUGAAGUCCGGCCUGUUUUCAACUCUGGAAAAAAUGAAGAGACCGCUGCCAAAUCAUCCUUUUCCGAACAUUUUUGUCUCAUUUCAUAACUCCCAAAUAUGAAGAUCAUUGCGUUGAGCAUUUAUUUGUAGGAAAAAUGUGAAAUUCAAAUUUGUGCUGACUGGCAUUUUUCUUCCAGAGCUGUAUAGCACCACUUUUCUAAAGUAACGACUGAAGUUUUUUUUUUUCCGUUCAUUGUUCGCAGAACACAAAAACUCAAACAAAUUCUAAAUUGCUGUAAAUAUAUUUAUUAAUCAUUUUCGUGGAAUUUCAGAGGUUGUUUAAGGUAACUUCAGCCCUUAUUUUAGGAAGGUGGUGAUAAUUUUAAUUACUACAAAAAUAUCACAUUUAAAAAAAAAAAAAGUCAGCCACUCAUUCAUUUUGUGAUUGCUGUUUGAAAAUGGAAAGAAGGAACAAGAUUCUGUGCCGUGUAUCCUGUCACUCAACACGGAAGCAACAGUCACUCUCCAUCGCUGCUGUCGUCAUGCCCGACGCAGCCUUUCACCAUAAAGCAGCAGCAGCUUGGCAUCUCGUAGCAAUGACGGAAGAUCUCCGCUUUGCCUUCCUUUGAGAAUGAAUGUACUGCACAAAAAGACCAUUUAUUUGACUGUUUAGUUCUCCUCCAGCACAUACUAUCCAGUCUUUGCUCCGACAUUAAAAGUCAUCACUCUGGACACGCCAUU